UUUGAAAUGUAUGUAACCUGUGAAGAUUAGAAUUUGGGUUAUGUUCAUCAAAAUAAAUCAAGCUUUUUAAAACAUAUAACAUGAUGCGAAAAUGGUUUAUUAAAACAUCUUUCACCCAAUGUAAAAGUGUGCUUCACCGUUAUUCAUGUUAUCGAACAUUACAUGCGACUGCUAUUCAAUUUGAGGUUAUUAAAGAGAUUAAUCAAAGACCUAUAACUAACCUAAAACAAUUAAAAGAGCUGUCACAGAAUGGGCCAUCAUUAAAGGAUUUUAUACUGGGCGAAUCUGUAGUUCCUAAUGAUUCUAUUAGUGCUCCAUGCAUUCCUUAUGUAAAGGAUAUCGACGCACGCAAUCAAAAUGUCUACUUCAAAGUGUACGGUUGUCAAAUGAACGUUAAUGACACAGAAGUGGUCUGGUCUAUAUUAAAAUCACACGGCUACAAGAAAGUAGAAAAUAUAACAGAAGCUGAUAUAAUCCUACUCGUUACAUGUUCCAUUAGGGAUAAUGCGGAACAGAAAGUAUGGCAUAAGUUAUCGGAGUUAAAUAGUUGGAAAAGAAAAAUAAAGCCUAAACUGAAAAUUGGCUUAUUAGGUUGUAUGGCAGAAAGGUUGAAAGACAAAAUUCUGGAAAGAGGACGACUCGUUGAUGUGAUAGCUGGUCCGGACAGUUAUAAGGAUCUACCAAGACUUCUAUGUGUACCGGAUAAUGAAACUGCUAUUAAUGUUGUUCUAUCGUUUGAUGAAACGUAUGCAGAUGUUACACCAGUACGGUUAAACCCAGACUCCACCAGUGCAUUUGUUUCAAUAAUGCGGGGUUGUGAUAAUAUGUGCACAUACUGCAUCGUACCAUUUACACGAGGAAGAGAAAGAUCGCGACCGAUCGAUAGUAUAGUCAAAGAGAUUCAAACCUUGUCCGAUAAUGGUGUAAAGGAGGUAACAUUACUUGGACAAAACGUGAACAGUUACAGAGACACGUCACAGUCCGAAUUUUAUACGGCCAGUAAUGUUGAAACUAACCUCGUCAAAGGUUUCAAAACUGUAUAUAAAAAUAAAACAGGGGGUCGAAGGUUUAGCGACCUGUUGGACAAUGUUUCUCGCGUCGAUCCAGAAAUGAGGAUAAGAUUCACGUCACCGCAUCCUAAAGACUUUCCCGACGAAGUUUUACAAUUGAUAGCCGAGAGGCCGAAUAUUUGCAAGAGGAUUCAUUUACCCGUACAAAGCGGUAACUCUGCCGUUUUGGAAAGAAUGAGGAGGGGAUAUACGAGAGAGGCGUAUCUGGACUUGGUGCAUCAUAUACGCGACAUCGUGCCAGACAUAUCUUUCUCCAGUGAUUUUAUUGCUGGAUUCUGCGGCGAAACCGAGGAAGAAUUCCAAGAUACAUUAUCGCUGAUGGAAUUAGUAAAACACAACAAAGCAUUCGUAUUUGCGUACAGCAUGCGGGAGAGAACUACCGCACAUCGUCGCUAUAAGGACGAUGUAGAACCAAGUGUAAAACAAGAACGACUUCAAAGGCUAAUAUCAACGCAUAAGCGUAUUGCGGAGGAAUUGAAUGAAUUACAGAUCGGGCAGCUGCAACUUGUACUUGUAGAAGGAGUUACCAGGCGAUCGAGCAAGAAUCUUCUAGGAAGGAACGACGGUAAUACAAGAGUAAUAAUUCCGACUAUGGACAUACCUGCUGACAAAUAUUCCGAUGUAAAGAGACCGAUAAAGAAUGGCGAUUUCGUCGUAGUAGAAAUUCAGAACUCUAACAUGAACUCCUUAAUAGGCAUACCUUUGUAUCACUCGUCGAUAACACAAUACGAAUCGUCCGCAAUAUUAUAAAUAAAA